UUCAACCAUACGGCAACCUAGGUUUACCCGAUGCUUCGUACUUUCACUUUUACUUUUCUCACAUGUUCAUGAUGACAUGAUGAUGAUUGGUGCUGACCGUUUUUCAGAUUGUGUGAUGUAAUUGAAUAUUAUAAAGUUGAAUAUCGGCGAGAUUACUGCACAACCAUGUUUGUCCUGACAGAGAUGAAAGACACUGUCAGGAUUCCACCCUGGCUGUUUCACAUUAAGUUCAACGAUGCUGUCAUCGAGGCUCUUAACAAGAAACUGGCUAACAAGGUUGUGCACAACGUAGGUUUAUGUAUUGCAUUAUGGGAUAUUACAAAACUUGAAGACAGUUACAUAUUUCCAGGAGAUGGUGCCUCCCACACAGUUGUGCAUUUCAGAUAUGUUGUUUUUCGACCAUUUAUGGAUGAAAUUUUGACUGGCAAAACAAAAAGCUGCAGUAAGGAAGGGGUUCAUGUAUCAAUAGGAAUAUUUGAUGACAUCCUCAUCCCAGCAGACGCCAUGCCGCACCCCUCGAGGUUUGAUGACAAGGAACAGCUGUGGGCCUGGGAAUAUGAAACUGAUGAUGGUAAACAUGAUCUCUUUAUGGACAUUGGAGAAGAAAUCAGAUUUCGUGUAGUAGAUGAGGUUUUUGUGGACACCACUCCCACAGGUCCUGAUGGUACAGCAAAUCAAUCCUCUGAAAUCAAAGAUACCGAGACAAAGAAAACGCCAUAUACCAUAGUGGGAUCAAUAAGUGAACCAGGUUUAGGAAUGUUGUCGUGGUGGAACUCCUGAUACCGUUUCCACUUCCUGUGGAUUUCAGUGUGGAAAGCUACAUCAUCUUAUGACGUUUCAUGACAGUGCAAAUGAUCCAGAGGUUCUGAUGGGAAGGUUCAGGAUGUAUGGAAUCUGUGCAAUGGAUCAGUUGCUCAUCUCAUAUUUAUAUAUGUUGUCAAAUUAUGAAAUUAUGUUGAGUAUAUUUUUUCAGUGUCAGAUUUUAUAUGCUUUUCUUUUUUAUUGAAAUUUAAAGGAAAAUACAUUAAAUCUGUGUUUGGGUAUUAUGGAUUAUUGUAUAAUUAAAUAAUUCCAAGCUUUCUGUUUGGCUGAGAUUCAACAAAGCAGGAAAAAAUAUAACAUUAUAGUCUCCACAUUGAGGUGAAUAUUUUUAUUUUGUUUUUCCUGGAAUUUUCCAACACCAGACCAAACUAUUUAAUCAGGAUUUCCAAAAUUGAUAAGUUAUUGUUUAUAAUAUUUUGGCUGCCCUGUGAAAGCUUGGGAUUUCUAAUCACUUUCAACAAGGUCUUACACUUGAACUGUAUACAAAUGUGGAUGACCUGGUAUCAUUUUGUGACCCCAAGCAGCCAGUUUUGAAUCAUUCAAUCGUAUGAUAAAACAAUUAUUGACAUUUCAUAGAUCAAUACAAUGAUUAUAAUAUCAUUCUAUGCAAAUGCCUAUCUAAAUCCAUUUUACCCCUCUGAUCUGAUCAUUGGUAAAAUUGAAAGUAUGAAUAAUGUCAACUCAAAUUUUACGUAAAUGAAAUUAUUAAGACUAUCAAAGAUAAUUCAUAAAAAUACAUAUGCCUUUUUAAAAAAAAAAAAAAAAGUAUAAUAUGUAUUAGUGCAGCUGUUCUUGCUAUUUUCUGUAUGCAUUCUGAUCCAAUUAUUUGAGGUAUGAUAAAACCCCAAAGUCUAUAAUUAUCCAAGGAGAUUUGCUUCCUCUGUUUCUGUCUGCUUAUCAUGUUCCUAUGUGAUUUUCUCAAGAAAAUUAUUUUGUUAUAAAACAUGAAAAAUUUCAUAUUGAAGCAUGUGGAAUGGUAACAGACUAUGUAAUUGCUUCUGACGUGAAAGAAAAAAAAUCCUGAGCCAAAAAUUAAAGGUUUUGUAUAACAUGGUGUCUUUGAUGGUACUUCUAAUUUUCUUUACCAAGAAUAAAGCCCUGCAGGAAUA